CAUCGCUUCAGAACAGAUCUGUCAAUCAGCUUGUGGUGAAUCGACUUGCCUAUUGCUACCCACCAUAGAUCAAGCAUGCAGCAAACAUUUGACCGGCAUGUGUUUGACCUCUCGAGUAAGGCAGCAAACAGUCAGAUGGGGCAUCACGGCUGAUCAUGCGUGGGAUCUCUGCGUAUGUGUGCAGCUUUCUUCUAUGUGCUUAUCCUUCUGGUCUAUCUCUGCUUAUCACAUUGGUGAGUCAUGAGCAACGAGAGAAACCCGGUGUGUGUCAUAACAUGUGUAUGUUGUGGGCAGGCUUGAGAGGAUGAAGCACAAAUACCUGCAAGGCCCCGGGAUGGCCAUCAUCCUUGGUACACACAUGCACUCACGGCCAGCCAGCCAGACAGGCGGUGGUGCAAUGGGUGUGCGCGGCUUCGUGUAGGCAUCUUCAUGGGCAUCAUUCUCCACGUGGCGUACGAGCAGGAGUCGGCUGUCAAGUUCGCCGACCUGUACGCAUACCUGCUGCCUCCGAUCAUCUUCAACAUGGGAUUCAACACGACAGGGUCAGCAUGGCGUGGGAGAGUGUGGGUGGAUGCUGUGCUGUCUGUCCACUCACAUUUGUCUGUCCCUGGCUGGGCCGAUGCAUGCAGGGAAAGUCUGAUGGCGGCUGGCCGGUACAUCAUGCACUUCGGUAUCGUGGCAUCUCUCAUCUUUUUCGCCGCCCUCAUGCUGGUCAUCAACAGCCUUUUUUCCCACUUCACGACUCUCGACGGGCAGCCCAUCAACGCGUCAGUGUACCAGGGCAUCUCGCUUGCAGCCGCACUGGUGGCCGUGGAGGUCAGAAUAGCGCUGACGGAGUGAAGGCAGAGAGAGGUGCGUGUGUGCUAUAUUGGUGUUCUUCUGUCUGUGUGUUUGUGUUGAUGUGCAGUGCACGCCUGGCAUGUGUCAGUUCCCCGCCGACCGCUUCCCGAAGCUGAGGGCACUGCUCAUCGGAGGUACCUGAGGCAAGAGAGAUGAGGCACCCACCGCCGUUCGAUACAUGGAUGGAUGGAUGGAUGGACGGCUGUGCAGAGGGUCUGUUGAACAACAUAGUCGCCAUCCUGCUGUCAUGUGCUGUGGCUGCUGAGCCGCCUCCUGAGCCCUCCCAGUGGCCCCCCAUGGGUCUGGUGGGCUUCAAGGUGCUCUACUUCCUCAUCACGUCGGCGUCGACGGGCUUCCUGUUUGGCCUCACCAUAUCGUUUGUUUACAAUCAGGUCAAGCGGCGUAGCGUGCAUUGCAUUUCACUGGGGGGCGUAUGCGCUCAUGCGUGCUGUCUCUCUGCCUCUGUGGUGUGCAGCUUUCCGAUUCGCCGUAUUCGUAUUUGUUGUAUCGCUAUCCGAGCCGUUCUGUGGCGCUGCUGUUCAUAUGGGCGUACCUGGGCUAUGUGGUCGCGGAUUACCUGCAGUUCUCCCCCCUGCUCACACUCAUGUGCACCGCACUCACCAUGGCCAACUAUGCAUGGUCAGCCGACCAAGAGAACAGCAUGGAGGGCCGCAUUACGUUGCUGCACGCAUUGAUGUGGUGUUUGUAGGCAUAGUCUGUCUCAGGAGGGCCGGGUAGUCGCCACAGAAGCCACCAAAGUCGCUAGGUAAGGCACAUCACAUCAGUCACAUCAAACUGUGUAGUCACAUGCGUGUCGUCUGUUCACUCUGCAGUUAUUUUGGUGAGGCGAUGGUGUUCGGUUCGUUUGGUUUCGCGUUGGUGGCCGCGUGGCGGCGGCCGGGGGCCUUGUCGAUACCCUUCAUACUCGUGCUCUUCCUCCUUGUCAUCGCCCUAAGAUUCGCCAUCCUGUACACUAUCGCAGGUACACCGAUGCGUCAGGAGGAGAGAAUGCGGCUCGUUCACUGUGUCUGUAUUGUUGGCAGGCAUCGUGUAUGUGUGUGAUCGUCUGUUCAUCCGCUGCUGCUCCCCCGAGGCACUCAUGAGCGAACCAAAGGGGAAGGAGCUGCUCCUACUCGCACUCACCGGGGGCAUCAGGGGUCAGCUCACACGACACAGGCAUCCAUGGAGUGACACCCAUCUGUGUAUGUGCAGGGACCGUGGCAUACGCUCUGAUCCUUGCUCGCACGCCACCUCUUGACAUGCGGGCGGACUCUGACCGGCUACUCAACACCACCGUCGUCGGUAAGGAUGGGCACAGACAGCAAGUACAGACGGUCGUGCAUUCAUUUCUCCCCUGUGUUGGAUGCGUUUCUCACUCCCGUCAGGUGUGUCUGUGCUGUCUGUGCUGCUUCUUGAUGGCCUCACCCCACUCGCCCUCAGGUUACUCAAAGCCACUGAUGGCAUUGCAAAGGUACACAUACAGAGAGAGAGGGCCGUAUUUCCAUGGAUUCACCAACUCUCCAGAAUAUACGGCAUGUGUUUACCUUACCUCCUUCAGGAUGCCGACGCCCUCCCUCUGAAGCAGCCGUUCCUGGACGGAGCACCAUCAGCUGCUGUGGAGGGCCGCUCGGCCGACCGGGCUGGCGGCGGGGCACAUGCUCGACUUGAUCCCGGAGAGUCCCCCAGCAGCAGGUGGGGCAGGCAGGCAGGCAGGGAGGGAGGGAGGGCGGGAAGGAGGGAACGACACACACCGAGACACGCAUGGAUGGAUGUGUCCCUUGUCUGCCUUUCUUUGCAGGUACGAGAGCUUGCCCUUGUCUCCUUCCCGGCGCGUGAGCCACGAUGCGAGGGAGAAUGCAGAGCCGGCACAGCCAGCCGCGGAGCCAAGAAAGAAGGGACUCGCCAAAUGGUGGCUUCAAUCACACCGUCCGAAAAAGACAGCCACACGGAGUCUGUCGUGUUGUGUGUGCAGGUGGUCAGCAUUGGACAGGGAGUACUUACGGCCGCUGUUCGGCGGGCAGCCGGAGGAGACCCUCAGCACUCAGCCGUCAGGGUCCUACCCCCUCCCCCCACCGCCAGCCGCACAGACGGGGCCGACAGCCAAGGAAGGCAUCGUAAGGAGAUGAUGAACCGACGGCUGAUCGCAAGAUGCCUGCAGUCAGUCAGUAAGGCAGUGCUCGCGAAUGCUCGAGAAGAAGAGGAUGGUGGGCGGCGAGGGGGAGGUUGCGUAUGAGGGAGAAAAUGAGUGAGCUGGUCUGUUUGUUUGUCCAUCGGAUGGUGGGAGGCAUUCGCUUGUGUAAGCUUCGUCGAUGGUGGAUAGAUGUAUGGGUAUUUGUAGGACCUGACCCCACCAUGACAUUCAACACAUGCUAUGUCCACACACGCAAUGACCCCGCCGCCUGUUUGCCUGUGCGUAUGACAGACAUGUUGCGUUCAUAAGAUUGGACACGCUGUAUAUAUAUGCACCAUCAUCCUUG